GUCUAUCUUGGAAAUCCCUAAAAACAUUGCAGAAAGAAAUGACCAAAAAUGAUGAGGCGUUGAUGGUGACUCUGAUGGAUAGAGUUCAUUGGGAGCCGGGCUUUGUCAAUGACGAGGUUAUGGACAUGUACAUACAGAUUCUAGAAAAAAGAGCCAAUAAAUUAGGAAAGCGUGUGGUCACUGCAAACUCUCRCUUUUACGAUCUCAUUAAAGAGAACAAAAAAUGGCGAUCUCAGCUUAACAUUAAAAAAUACCGAAAAAUUUUAUUCCCUGGCCAGUUCGGCAUGGAAAACCACUGGAGACUUGGGGUUGUGGAUAUUGAGAAUAAGACAAUCAGUCUUAUUGACCCGUUAGGGAAAUGGGAACAUGACACCAAAUUUUUCRAAARUGUCCGGUGAGUA